UUGCAUGUUACCUUGAACGUCGAGUUGAACGGAGCGUAUGUGUCUUUGCCCUGAAUGCUUGUAGCACGACGCACAUAAGCUACCCAAAGUCGCAGGUUCUUCAGACGUUCUCUACUGGAAUGUCCAUAUGGCUACCCCGCCGCUCGCCGACGCUCCUCGCUAGAAAUGUCGUGCUCACGCGACAAUUUCAGAGGACUCCCAACCAUAUUUCAUCGCGUGUGCUAUUCUAUCGCACUCUGAACACCUCUCCCGACUCGCGAAACGCGUCAACUUCAAGUCACGCUACCAACAACCCGACUUCCACCGCGAACAAUGACCCUUCCUCCGAGCCCAAGAACCCGCCUCCACCGCCUCCACCGAAAGAGAUCUCGACACAGCAAGCACCGCUCGGGACGCGGAUAUGGAAAAAGGUUAAGCAUGAGGCACAGCACUACUGGCAUGGCACGAAGCUCCUAGUGAGCGAGGUUAGGAUUUCGGCGAGGUUGCAAUGGAAGCUGCUGCAUGGCGAGAUCUUGACGAGGAGAGAGCGAAGACAGUUGAAACGCACUACUCAAGACUUGCUUCGCCUCGUCCCGUUCGCGGUAUUCGUCAUCGUACCCUUCAUGGAAUUCCUGCUCCCCGUCGCCCUCAAACUCUUCCCAAACAUGCUCCCGUCCACAUUCGAAGACAAAUUUGCUGCAGAGGAGAAACAGCGCAAGUUGCUCCGAGUCCGCUUGGAAAUGGCCAAGUUCCUGCAAGAGACGAUGCGCGAGUCUGGGCUUCAAGCCAAUGCGCACAUCAUUGGCAGCGAUGCCUUCAAGGAGUUCUUUCGCAAGGUCCGCAUCACUGGCGAGUCGCCUACCGCACAAGAUAUCACCAACGUAGCACGGCUCUUCGACGACGACCUCACGCUCGACAAUCUGUCCCGCCCCCAGCUCGUGUCCAUGUGCCGCUACAUGGGUAUCAACGCCUUCGGCACCGACAACUUCCUCCGCAGCACGAUUCGCUCCCGGCUCACGACCAUCCGCCGCGACGACCAGCUCAUUGACCGCGAGGGCAUUGACGAGCUCAGCGUCAGCGAGCUCCAGGCUGCGUGCCAGAGCCGUGGCAUCCGCACGGGCGGCGUCAGUCCCGCUCGGCUUCGCGAGGAGCUGGCGACAUGGAUCAAGCUGCACCUUCACGAGCGGGUCUCUGGCGUGCUCCUGAUUUUGGCGCGUGCCUUCCAGUUCGAUCGUCACCCGGCUGAGGACCAGGACGGAAAGACGGCCAUUAUCAAGAGCUUGGAGAAUGUGCUCAGCGGCUUACCGGAUAACUUGUUGAAUGAGGCAGAACUGGAAGUCGAGGCCGACCAGGCGACCUACAAGCAGAAGCUCGAGGUCUUGCAGCAACAGGAGGAACUCAUCGAAGACGAAGAGGAGCAGGAACAGAAGGAAGAAAAUGCCCGCCGUGCUCGUCGCGAGGAAGAGGCCCGUCUUGCCCAGACGCUCCUGCCCGAAUCCGAGCUUAUACCUGAGAGCGCAGCUGAAGAGCCUCAAAUCGACGCCCGCAUGACGUCCGAACAGGUCAAGGAACUUGCGGAGGCGCUUUCUAUUCUCAGCGCCAAAUCUAGCGUUUUGAAGGAGAGGAAGGAGCUGCGCGAUCUUAUGGAAGAGAACUUGCAGGCUGAAGAGGACCCGCAAUCGCCGUCCGGCGCUUUGACGAAGCGAAUCCGGACGAUGCUCACCAAGAUCGACCAGCAGCUUGAGGCUUACGAUCAGCGUGUCGGUUCUUCGCUCCAGAUGAUCUCGUGUGACCCGCAGGGCAGGAUCUCCGCCGAAGAUCUCCAGAAGGCGUUCAAUGUCAUCAAACACAAGCCAGAUGCCGAGAUCGCGGCGGGCCUCGUCGAGAAGCUCGACGUUGACAAGGAUGGGUACGUCGAGCUUGAGCACGUCCUUGGCUUGGUUCGCGAGGAGGGACUAGGUACCGUGUUAGACGACGAGGCGCAGGAUCUCAUUGGCCAGGGCCAGGAGAUCAAGAACAGCAAACCUAGAAAGGAGGAUAUCGUACAAGAGUAACUGCCUCUAAGUUUGUGCGUAUCAUAUCUCACCCUAUUAUUACAUGUCAUUUUCCGCGUAUAUUAUGUCUGUGUGCGUCUAGCUAUAGAGAAAUAGGCUGAUUACAAUAGAUUAC